AUGGGUAAAGAAACAAGCCAAAGUUCAACAUUUGAAACUGGAUCAUCAUCACGUGCUGUAGAUGGUAAUAUUGAUAGCAAGUAUACUAACAAUUCCUGUUCUCACACUGAUAAACAGAAAACUCCUUCAUGGUGGUGUGUUAAGUUGAAGUCAACUGAACAAUUUAAAUCUAUUAUGCUAUAUAAUAGAGACAUCUUGAAGGACAGAUUAAAAGGAUUCUCUGUAAAAGUAAGCAAAUCUGGAGGAUGUGAUCAAAGUACAUUUGAAUCAAGUCAAGUUUGUUACAAAGACGAAAGUACCGAACUAAAAGAUAUUUAUACUGUAGAUUCAUGUAAAGAAGGACAGUAUGUUUUUAUUACAACACCGAGAAGUUAUCUAACUCUUUGUGAAGUGAAAAUAUUUCAAGGGUUCGAACUCAACUUAACACCAAAUAUAAAUUAUGUCAUGCAUGGGAAAUGGGGAGAUGCACCGAACGAAGCAUCCAAAAUAUCUUCAGCUCAAUACAACGGAACAUUAUAA